AAGCCUCCUCUUCGCCUCCUUCAGCUCACAGUCCGUCAGGAACUCUUGUCAGCGCCAUCGGGACUUUGUCGCUUCACUCGAUUGGACAGGCCUACCGGGACUUUCCUUCAGUCAUGGUUCGGGUUUCUCCACCCGCGUUUGUGUUGCUACUGUUUGCGCUCCAGGCUGUUGCUGUGGUGAAGGCCCAUUGGAUUCCCCCGCCGAAACCACUGCAGGAAAAUGUAGACUACACUCAACUGGAAUCUGUUGCCAAGAUCCAUUCAGAUUUCGAUGACGGCACAGGGAAUAUUGACUACUCUCUAGAAGGCAUUGGUGCAAACCAAUAUCCCUUCCAUGUGUUUGUAGUUGACCCUAAAACUGGACUAAUUCGUGUGACCAAAGUGCUUGACAGGGAGCUCAUCGAUACGUACAAUCUGUCAGGUGUCGCUAGGUACAGUGAUGGCCGCCCUGCAGAGAAAAAUGUUGACAUACGAUUCCAGGUUGUAGAUGAGAACGACAACGCUCCAGUGUUUGGAGUCAUCAAGCCGGGGGAGGUGGAUGAGCUCAGUCCUGCAGGGACUUCAGUUAUGAAAAUAACUGCAACUGAUGCUGAUAAACCAGGGCAUGAGAACUCUCAGAUCGCUUAUACCAUCGUAGAUCAGAAUCCACCUCAUGACAUGUUCUCCAUUUCCAAUGAAGGGAUCAUCUCUGUCAAAAAUUCUGCCCUGGACAGAGAGAGAGCAGAUCGGUACACUCUGACAGUGAGAGGUCAAGACCUAAAUGGCAAACCAGGGGGAAACAGUGGAACCGGCACUGUUACCAUUAAUGUCCGAGAUGUGAAUGACAACCUCCCCACUCUGGAAAAAGAGGAGUACAAGAGCAGCAUUGAGGAGAACACACAGGGUGUGGAGGUGAUGAGAAUUAAAGCAGAGGACCUGGACCUGAAGGACACAGACAACUGGGAAGCUGUGUUUGACAUUGUCAAAGGCAACGAGGCAGGGUACUUCAGCAUCAAAACAGACCCCAACACCAACGAGGGCAUCCUAAUGCUUGACAAGGCUGUGGAUUAUGAGGAUGUGAGGGACCUUGAACUAGGACUAGCUGUGAGAAACAAGGCUCCACUGUAUGAUGGAUCUGGGGUAAAUGCAGGAGCUGGUAUAAGUUUUGGGGAGGGGGCAAGUGGGGCAGGGGGCAAGUGGGGCAGGGGGGGCAGGGGGAGCAAGUGGGGCAGGGGAGCAAGUGGGGGGGGUGCUGGUGCAGGAGGUGGGUCUGGAGGAUCAUCAUGGCAAAGUGGGACCACAUUUAAAACCUAUCCAAUCAAAAUCAAUGUAAAGAACCAGCCUGAGGGGCCACAUUUUAACCCCAAAGUCAAAGCUAUUCCCAUCUCAGAGGGCGGCCACUCCAUCAACAUUAAUGAUGUUAUUGCCCACUACACUGCAAUAGAUGGAGACACUAGGAAACCAGCUGAGAAUGUCAGGUAUGCCAAGGGUUCAGACCCUGACAACUGGCUAACCAUCGACCCAAAGACAGCUGAGAUCAAACUGAACAAGAUGCCUGACAGAGAAUCUCCAUUCCUGGUCAAUGGGACAUAUUUUGCUAAAGUACUUUGCAUUACAGAAGACACACCUGCUAAAACAGCCACCGGCACCGUAGCCAUCCAGGUGGAAGAUUUUAACGACCACUGCCCCACCCUGACCAGUAACAUUCAGACUAUGUGUACCACGGAUGAUUCUAUUAUUGUGAGCGCUAAAGAUGAGGAUGUAUUCCCGAACGGACCUCCUUUUGACUUUGUCAUCGUCCCAGAGGGCACUGAGGGCAAAUGGAAGGUGGAGCAUCUCAAUGACACUGCAGCUAUCCUGAGAGCCCAGGAGUCCAUGUGGCUUGGUUUCUAUGAGGUGGAAUUUGUGGUGAGGGAUGGGCAGGGAGAGGCCUGUCCAGAACCACAGAAGGUGAAAGUCCAAGUUUGUACUUGUGAGGAUGGAGUGGUGUGUGGGAAACGAGGAGCCCAUGGUCAGCCCAGCAAAGGAGCAGAGUUAGGACCUGCAGGCAUCGGACUCCUAUUCCUGGGCCUGCUGCUCUUAUUACUCAUUCCUCUGUUGCUGCUCUUUUGCCAAUGUGGGGGGGCUGCCGGCCUGCCAGGGGGCUUUACUGAGAUGCCUUUUGACACCAAAUCACACCUCAUUAACUACCGCACUGAGGGCCAGGGAGAGAAUACGGAAGUGCCGCUACUGAACAUGCCAACACAACUGGAUGGAGAUAUGAUCAACAUGGGUAUGGGCAUGGCUAACAAAACUUCAGCAAUGGGACCCAUGGCAGGCUUGGAUUUCCAGAAAUCCGUCACUUCCAUGGAUGGGAUGAACGCCGUCUAUCAAGAAGGUUUUGCAAGUGGCCACAGAGAUAGGACAUGGGGGAUGAUGAACCAGCCGAGUGGCAGUGGCUUCUACUCUGAGUUUGAGGGCAGAGAAUCAGGAGUAGGUGGAGGAAUGUAUGAUGGCAUGGCUCUACCAGACCACUUCCUGGGACAGUACUACACUCAGAAGGUGACCAGUGGAAAUGAGAACCUUGGUGUGAAGGACGGUCUUUUGGUUUAUGACUACGAGGGCCAGGGCUCCCCUGCUGGCUCAGUGGGCUGCUGCAGCCUCCUGGAGUCUGACAACGACCUGCACUUCCUCGAUGACCUCGGGCCAAAGUUCAAGACCCUGGCUGAGGUGUGCGGAGGCAAGAAGAUCCCAACUGAAGUCAAACAACUGUUCACUCCUCUGCCAAGUGCCUCCAUCAACACUCAGAGCUCAGUAUCGAGUUUGGUGACUGCCCAACAGCUGCCUCCUCCACCCAAGCUGCAGCCGGCCAUCCCCAAAACAGGGCAGACUGUGUUCAGGGAGACAUCCGAGCAUUCUCAGAUGGUGAAGGACAGCACAGCCAUGGUGAGGGAAGGGAUGACCACAGUGAAGGAAGGGAUGGCAAAUCAUGGCCAGAUGCUCCUGCUACAGCAGCAGCAGCCUGUUUACUACACCACCACCCCUGUGCUGCAGCCGAUGCACUACGUAGUCCAGCCACAGAUUCAGAACACCGUGCUGCUGACUGAGGCAACAACCAACAUGCAGGGAAUGGUACUGGUUAGCGGCACCCAGACUGGACCUGCCCAAGGUGUGGUCGUUCAGGGGCAGACAGUGAUGUCCAGCAGACAAGCCCAGGGCCCCGGCAUGGUGCUGGUGGACAGGAGCAGGGUCCAGGGGGGUGGUGCCAACCUGAUCCACACUGGCAACCUCUCUGGCUCCCAGACCAUGAUGGUCGUGGAGGGCAAUGUCCCUGCAGGGUCAAUGAAAGUGCUGAAGGGGAGCCAGACCUGCCUCGUGCAGGGGGGCACUCUACAGGCAGAAGGGCUUUCAGGAUCUCAGAGAGUCCUGGUGGUUGGAGCACCAACAAGCAGCAGAGGGCAGCUGGUCCAGGAGGCAGGAGGUCUGUCCCAGAAGAGUGACAUCUCUGGCUCUCAAGGAGUCCUCUACAGCAAGGGCAGCACAUCCGCUGGCUCUCAAAGCAGCGUGGUGGGUUCCUCUACCACCACAGUGAGCACCACUCCCACCUACCGCAAGGUGGUGGUGCAGGAGAAAUUCACUGAAUUGUGAUGUGGGAAAAGAUACUUUUUAAUGCAUUUCAAACUUCUGGCAAGGCAAUCUCUCAAGUAUUUUAUGAUUUAGACACUAAGCAUGUCAGUUUAUUGGUGGAGGGUGUGCUGAAGCAGUUUGACUAGGAAUGAAGCUACAUGUACCUACAUGUUCAUAUUACAGCUUCUGCUUGCCACCAUACAUGCACCUAAACAACCUCUAUGUUACUGCACUACUGAACCUGGCUUUUUGAUUUUAAAAAAAUCACACUGAUCGUGAGAUACAUUUGUUUUCACAGUUUUCUCAAAAACAAAGUUUAGACACAUAACUGCUCUAACUUUACAAUAAAGUAUUUUUUUCUGUCCAUUGUUUGGAUUGUUUUGGCAAAGGUAUUUUUGUGAACAUCCUUUGCACUGAUGAUCCAGUAUUUCUGUAAUUUGGCAUGCAGCAUAGACAAGAGUUAAUUUAAUCAAGAGAAUGUCAGUAUUUCAAAUAGUUUGCCCUCAUUGGCCAGUUAAUGUAACCAAAUGUCAUGUAGUUUCAUGACACUGACAUUUGGUGUUCUGUGUUUCUGCAUUGGAUUCUUUAAGACCCAAUGAUCAAGCAUGCUGCUCUUUACUUUGACAUCAUUCUAUACCUCUUGGUUCAUUGGCCUAUUGUUCUUUUUUCUUGUCUUGUUUGCUUUGAUUAUGUGUUUUGUUUGGUUUUGUUUCGUUUGCCAUGCUAGCAGCAUGGCUAUAGGGAUGGCCAUGUGAGUGUGAUAUGAGGUCGGUCAGUCAGUCCACCACUUUAGUCCAGACUGACUGUCUCAACAACUAUCAGAUGGUUUGUCAUGAAAUUCUGUACAGACAUGAUCCCCAGAGGAUGAACCCUAUUGACUUUAGUAAUCCCCCUGACUUUUCCCAUAGCGCCACCAUGAGGUAAAAAUUUAAAUUUGUCCAAUACUAUGACCAAAUGCCUGCAAAACUAAUGACAUUUAGCAAAUGUUAGCAUGCUAACAUGCUAAACUAAGAUGGUGAACUUGGUAAACGUUAUACCUGCUAAACAUGUUAGCAUUAUCAUUGUGAGCAUGUUAGCAUGCUACAGCCUAACAGAGCUGCUAGCAUGGCUGUAGACUCAACGUUCUUUCAGACAGUGAGCGGUUGUCACCAUGGCUAUCGCCUAGCAAUGUCAAUGUUCUGGGGUGCAACUCUGCCACCCCGCUACGUGCUUGUAUCAGACAACACAACAUACUAUCCACCUACUAUAAUCUUAUCACGUAGUUAAAAAGAGCAGGUUGUAGCUUAAAAUAAAGUAAAUGGUUUGCAGUACGAAAUGACGCAUACAGCAUAGCAAGUUAGGGUUUGCUCAUUUAAAAUUACAGAGGCAGCAGCAGCAACUAUUGGCUGUCAGAAAGCACAUAGUCUUGUUCUUUAUCUGGCCUUGUUUUUACAUGUAACAUGCACAAUAUUCUCUACUGAACUACUUUGCAACUAGAAAAUACACAUCUAACCUAUUUGAAUAACGACUCAAGGUCAGCCUUCUUCUAUGUUUUACAAGAUUCCUGUCAACAUGAUCAGUUCUGGGGGUUUUUGCCAAUAUUAGAAACUUUAAUUAUCUUUCAUAUUAAUUGUAUGUGUGUUUUGUAAAAGGUAUGGGAUGUGCCAGGCAGGUGGAGUGAAUGUUGCUCCGACCAUGGGUGGGUGGCUGUGGGUUAUGGAGGGGUAAGCUUUGUUUAUUUCAGGUGAAGAGCCUCUGUGGUAAUUUAACGACUAAACAUUCUGUGCAGACUUGUUCCUUCAUGUAACUCCACCAUUAAGCAGUCUGUGACUUACAAAGAUGUCUGUCUUGUGCAACAGACGGUACAGAAAUUGGCAGUGUGUUUUAUUGUAUUUUUUUGUAUGUGAGGAAAAUGUUUAAUUAGAUUUUUUUAAGUGCUGUGUGUCAGGGUACGAUCUAGUCAGGGUCUGUUUCUAGACCGGGGUGGGGGGUCAGGAGGGGGUGGAUUUUGAUCACCCAAGGUUACAUGAAAAUGAUUCAUGUGGUGACAUAAGCAAACAAAAGUGCUCUGAUGCUAGUAGGGCUAUCUUGCUUGCCUGAAACUUUUGUUUACUUCAAUCGCCCAGAUUGUUAAUGAUUGAUAAAAAUGAAAUCCACUUUUGCUGGGGUGGGGGGGGGCAUGAAUUUUUUUGGGCUUUUGAAGGGGGCCGUGACAGAUUGAGAACCACUGAUCUAGGCAAACACAAAGGAAACAGACCAAUAACCAGAUUAGAAAGCACAACCAGCGGAUCAAACCACUGCGGCUUGUACAGAAUUCAGUUCUUGUUUUCAUGAGCUUUUGAUGUCUGAGUGUUGAUUUUAAUUGAUUGUUGUGAUUACAUGGGUGUAGUUACCCCUUUUGAACUGUACAGUCAACCAUGAUUCACUGGUUCUGCCAAGCUGCAGCUAUUUGCAAUAAUUCUAUUAAAGUAAGAAUACUUUUAAGCAAUAAGAUUAAAAAAGGUGGGUGGGGAGGCAUUCAUUUCGGCUCUCUUGCACUUUGGUUUCUUGUAUCCCAGCUUGAUCUAAACAUGCUUGAUCUACCUUUACCGAGUUCUUACGUUUAUAAGAUUUGAUUGUUGCUCUUGAAUAAACUAGAGUAGAUGUUUCAUGUUGGACAAAACAUUUUUACCAUGGUAAUUUGUGUCAUGGUGUCAUGAGUUUUGUGUUAUUUCAUUCCAGUCAAAAACUUAAGUCAGUUGAGCAAUUCAACCCUUUUCAGAACAUAAAGUAGACUAAUUGUUUCAUUGUUGUUUGUGUUGAACUAAAAACAGGGGUUCAUUUAGUACUAUGCAGACAGAUGCUAAUGUGGUGGAAUACAUUUUGACAUAAUGCCAUGUAUGUCUCAGGGAUGCUUACUUUAAUAAACUCUUUUGUCCUGAA